UUCUUUCUAAAUUUUUACGACAUGGCAGGGAACUUCUGGCAAAGUUCACAUUAUCUGCAGUGGGUUCUGGAUAAACAAGACCUAAUGAAAGAGCGUCAGAAGGACAUGAAGUUCCUUACUGAAGAGGAGUAUUGGAAGCUGCAGAUUUUUUUUGCCAAUGUGAUUCAAGCUCUGGGUGAGCACCUGAAGCUGAGACAGCAGGUCAUUGCUACUGCUACAGUUUACUUUAAACGCUUCUACGCCAGGUAUUCUCUGAAAAGUAUAGACCCAGUGCUCAUGGCUCCUACCUGUGUGUUCCUGGCUUCUAAAGUUGAGGAAUUCGGAGUCGUGUCAAACACCAGACUGAUCUCUGCAGCAACUUCUGUUUUGAAAACAAGAUUUUCUCACGCCUUUUCAAAGGAGUUCCCUUACAGAAUGAAUCAUAUAUUAGAAUGUGAGUUCUACCUUUUGGAGUUGAUGGACUGCUGCCUGAUUGUGUACCACCCCUACAGACCCCUGCUGCAGUAUGUGCAGGACAUGGGACAGGAGGACAUGCUGCUGCCUCUUGCCUGGCGAAUAGUGAAUGACACUUACAGGACAGAUCUGUGUCUGCUCUACCCUCCCUUCAUGAUUGCCCUAGCCUGUCUACAUGUUGCCUGCGUGGUGCAGCAGAAAGAUGCCAGGCAGUGGUUUGCUGAGCUCUCAGUGGACAUGGAUAAAAUCUUGGAGAUUAUUCGUGUAAUGCUGAAGCUUUACGACCAGUGGAAAAAUUUUGAUGACAGGAAGGAAAUCGCUGCCAUCCUAAACAAGAUGCCAAAGCCCAAACCUCCUCCUAACAGCGAGAGUGAUCAGAGCUCCAACGGGAACCAAAGCAACUCCUACAGCCAGUCUUAGCUGAACGGUCACACGAGAAUCCACGAUGUUAUGAACUCUGGGAGGGGCUGAAUGUUUUAAAUCCUACACGUCACAACCUUUGCAGUGUCAGUUUAAUCAGCUGAUCAAGAUGUCUGCUCGUCGUCGGUGGACACCCCUAACAAACUGUCACCCUCCCCUCCUCUGAUGGUGGAU